AUGCCACGCGCCGUCCGAGGUCUGCUAAUCGAAUGCGAUCCUUCGAUCAAAUCUAUGAUCCUAAAGUACGAUGAAGAGCGACAUGACUACAUAGUGGAGGAUUUGGAUGACGAGAACCACCUGGUCAUCAAAGAGAGCCAGCUACAGAAUCUCAAGGUUCGCCUAGAUCAGAUUUGGCAGGACCUUGACGAAAAGAUCAUGCAACUGGAUGAAUCUGAAUCCGAAUAG